AUGUCUUCGCCUAUAGUCUUUGUCACGGGCACUGACACGGAUGUGGGAAAAACGUUCACCAGCGCUCUGCUCGUGCAAAAGUGGAGCGCCAACUACUGGAAGCCGGCGCAAACGGGGCUGGAGUCCGACCAAGGCGACACCGAAACCGUGAGGCAGUUCUGCGCCUCCCAGCAGCACAUGCCCCAGCUUUUCCCGCCGCGAUACGCGCUGCAGAAGCCGCUGUGCCCUCUCGAAGCCAUGGAGUUCGAGCCAGAAUACGACAUCCAGCUUUCCGACUUUCGUCUCCCCGACGACGCAGACGCUGUCGAGCCUCUCGUAGUCGAGGGCGCCGGGGGAAUCUACGUUCCCAUCACCAAGAAACUGCACAUCACCACGGAUCUCGUUAACCACUUUAUAGCCAGUACCGAUCGCCCCGUUAAAAUCGUGGUGGUUGCAAGAAGCGGGCUUGGAACUUUGAACCACACUUUACUCACCUUGGAACAUCUCAACCGAGCUGGACUGCAACAGCACGUUCUUGGAUGUAUUCUCAACGGGCCAAAAAACCCCGGCAAUGCUUCUACUUUGGAGAAGUAUGGUGCGAAAAUCAUAGCUCAAGUUGACCACUGCUCUUCCGAAAACGACAUAGUUGAAGCUUUGUCCGAAAUUCCAGAGUUAGCCGCCCUGGGGUUGUAG